AUGUUAGCCAGCCACCUGCAGCAAUGGGUUCUGCUUUUGUCACCUCAUCAGUGCGAGAUCAAGUACAGGAAUUCUGAUAAGCAACAGUACACUGGUGGGCCCUCCAGACUCCCGCUGCCCACCAAGCGCAUAACAGGCCAAUUCAAACGAGAUUCUUUUGACUCUGCACUAGCCAAAAAUGUUCUGGUUGUGGCUCUUGGAAUUACCAUCAACUACAUCAAUGCAACUAUGAUCUACACCUUCCGGAAACACCAGGUCUUUUACACAAACCCUCGCUAUGUCUUAUUCAUUCACCUGGUGAUCAAUGACAUGAUCCAGCUGACAACAAGCAUCCUUCUGUUUGUGCUGAGCAAUUCUUUAAACAUUAAUGCCUUUCUUUGUUGCAUUAUAGUGGCCUUUGCAGCCUUCACUUCUGUCAACACUCCUCUAAACUUAGCAGUGAUGGCAGUGGAGUGCUAUAUUGCUGUGUGUUUCCCCCUUCGGCACUCUGAAAUGUGUACUGUUAAAAGGAUUUACAUAUUGAUUGCAUGUAUUUGGGCCUUAAGCGUACUGUCAUCACUACCAGACAUAAUUUAUUUCAUGGCAACAAACUCUGGUCAGUUGUUUGUUUCUAAUCUUUUAUGUAGUAUUAACACGUUGGUUACAAAUCAUAUUUUUAUUAAAAAAAAAGACUAUUUAUAUAUUGUGUAUUUAGUUAGUGUUUGGCUUGUUUUUAUUUACACUUAUUUUAAAAUAUUCUUUGCUGCCAAAUCUCUCAAAUCUGUUAAAUGCUCUGAGACUAAAAAGGCUCGAAAUACUAUUGUGUUGCAUUCAUUUCAGUUGCUGUUGUGCAUGUUAACCUAUGUCUAUCCAAUGGCACUGAAAAGUAUUGUUCAACUAUUUUCUCUAUAUUAUUUACAUGUAAUAUAUGUCUGGUAUAUUUUGGUCCAGAUUUUACCAAGAUGUGCUAGUCCCAUUCUGUACGGGCUGCGGGAUGUUUUGUUUAGAAAUCACCUGAAAAAGUACCUGCCAUGUUCAAUUUGCUUGAGUCAUGAAUAG